CUGUUUGCAGAUGCGGAGUUCAAGGCAUUCAACCAGCAAGCAACAGCAUAUAAUGAAGACUAUGGCACAACUUCGCGCCGUGAUUCGUCUCGCAGAGCCCUGAACUUCGCUGCGCCAACCGCCGAAAGAAGUAGUGCGAUCGAACAGAGUUCGCCAAGAAUUGGAGCAGCGUUCACUCCUGCUUGUCCUCUGGUCGACUGCACCUUCGAUGAUAAUGUAGGCAUACAUAUACUUAGUGUUUUUAAAACAUUCUGCAACUAUGUGACCAGCGCGACUACACUCAGUUCCGCUGUUAAUGGAUCACUCAAAGAUUGGCAGAUUUCGAGCGAUGCAAUUCUAAAUUCACUUACUGGAAUUCCUUAUGAUCUUUCCAAAACUGGCUCUUAUAUCUACGCUGGAGGCACCUCAGUUUCAUUUCUCGACACCUACAUUUUAUCAACCAAGCUGCCAUUCGAAAUAAAGGAACCCUCUCGUCUUGACUUUUUCGUCUACCAAGCAGGGAUCAAAGGGAGACUGCAAGUAUGUAUAAACACGAUCAACGAAUGUGCCCUCAAUAUCAAAGGUGGAACAAUUGAUGUAAAGGCUCGGAGAUGGAAAAACUAUCAUAUACCGCUAACAUCAAGCACGCAUGUUGUCCACUUCGUCGUAGACGGUUUGCAGGACAAUUACGCAAUUGGACUAGAUCACAUUCAACUUUUGAAUAAAUAUGGCAUGGCAGCCCAGCCGUGCAAAUAG